AUGGGUACCCAAAUAGCGCCCGCAUCAGGCAUCCAUAGUCUCCCACUUGAGCUACUAGCGGACAUCGCCAGACACACCGAGGCUUCUGGUCUAUGCGCUCUUCGGCUCACCUGCCGAGCGCUGUACCAUAGCAGCCUUCGCUACUUUACUCAAACCUUUGUACACACAUUAAAGACCGAUCUUUCACCAAAAUCACUUGCCCGCGUCGAGAAAGCAGCCAACGAUGAAAUUUUUGGCCCCUGUGUCCACAAGUUAAAGAUCAUCAGGAAUUCAAAAGAUUGCCUGGGACAACUCGCCCCGGAUAACACAUCAAACGAAACAUAUAUUCAAUCAUGGCACGAUGUGAUAAAACGCCUGGUGAACUGUCGAUCUUUCGAACUGCACUAUUUAACAUAUACAACACUGCAUCCCGACGGCGAUGGCAUCACGCUUGACGCGGCCACUGGCUUCCUUCUCGAAACUAUAUCCACCACGAACAUUCCGAUGGAAUCUUUCUCGAUAGAUGUUAUGAGAUACAGGGAUAGAAGGCAACAGGAAAACAUAACGCAAUUUGGUCUCGCCACUUUUAGGAUCCCGGCAUUUUCCCAGCUCAAGGAACUAAGCCUUGCGAUGCCGGAUGCCGAGACGGAGACUAUCAAUUGGAUGGCGAAAACGAUACAAGGCGCCAAAUCUCUCCGAAAGCUGGGGAUCCUUUUUAGCUGGAAUUGCAAAUCGACUUCACUUCUCUCGCAGCUUUCGUCGGUUGGAUGCUUGCCGGAACUACAAGAGUUGACUUUUUCGCGGAUGUCAAUUGACUCUUCGGCUGCUUUGGGGAUGUUCCUUUACAACAUUCGAAAGUCUCUUCGCUCUGUUAUUUUUUCUGUUGUGCAGCUGGAGCCUCGAGGCUGGCGCUCUAUUCUCCGCGAAUUGAGUGGAGAUGUAUACCGACUUAACAGUUUGAUUCUGCUUCGUGUGGUAGAAUCUCAGAGGCUCGUGAGCUUCCGGAGGAUUCUACAUUACGCACUCGCGGUCAGGCCCCUAGACAGGAGACUAUUCCAUCCGGGCCAACUGUGCUUUUCUGAACGGGAGGAUGUGGUCUUCACCUACUCGGGACCGGAUUUCAACCAGAUUAUACGGAGAGUGGCUGACCUUAUAGAGUCAUCUUAG